AUGUAUCGGGAUGAGAUCAAGGCGAAACGUACCAAGAAGAUCAAAUCAAAAUCGUAUCGCAGAAUACUCAAUAAAAGGAGGGGGAAACUGAAAUAUGCGAUUGAAGAGGUUUUGGCUCAUGAGCGCGGCGGCAUGCCGAAUGAAGAAGAUGUUGUCGAGAGGGAGAGGAAAAGGGUGGAAGAGAAAGACUUGAAGACAUGGGCGGGAUAUGGCACAGGGUUCAAAAGAGCUUCGAAUGAGCUUCAAAUGGGGAUUGCUGGGAACGCAGUUCCCCAGGAGGACGAGGAGUUUGAAUGUGGUGGUCACAGGGAGGAGGAUGACGUGUUUAACGGAGAUUAGAAGUUAGCAAGGCAGCGGUUACUUGCAGAUCUAGAAAAAACUGGAGAAGGGAAGUGAUUCGGCCAAUGGUCAACACAACAAGGGCAAGUUGGCAGACCUUAAGUUAAUGCGAAAUGACGAAGCUUAAAAGAGGAGGGGAAGGAUGAUCUCCAGCUCUGGAGAAAAGCAGAAAUCAGCAGCCAGGAAGCCGAAGCCAAAAAGGUUUGAGUUCGGGAUUCGGGAAGGCUGAAUGCGCGACGAUGGGGAUGGCAAGGGUGGUGCGGAGGAAGCCGUAGUUACAAUAGCCAACAAGACGCCUUCCAAUACACCCAAGAAUCCUUUCUCGCUAUGUGGAGGAUCGCCGCUACAGCUUUCUAGCCAGAAAGCCAAGACCAGCGAAAGGGGCAGUACUUUAUCACAGCCUGUACCAGAAGGAGGGGAGGGGAAGGUGACCCCAGAGCCCAACCCAUGGCUCGCUCAAGGCUCCAGUUCCAUCCUCGUUAUACCAACAGCUCAGGCUUUGGUAUCUGACAGGCAAGAAUCCAAGAAUGCAAAGGUCUACUCCUAGCUCACCAAGGAUCAAUAACCAUCAGCCGAAGACUGAAUUGGCCCCAAAGCGGAUAUAGAGGUUCAUGUGAAUGCCACACUUAAACUUGCCUCAACAAAGUGCGGGGCCAACGGCGAUGGUGGUGGCAAGGAGACGAAUGAGGGUGCCAAAGGUUCCAUCAAUAUGAUGCCAA